AUGACAAGACUAGAUAACACAGAGUUUUUAAAACAAUUAUCAGAAGUAGCAACUAAAAACAAUGGAAAAUCAUCAAUAUAUCUAACUCAAAAAAGAUUAUCAAAUAAAGAUGAAAUAUUAAAACAAGAUUCAAAAAUAAAAGAUUUACCAACAAAUAUAAUUGAUAGUAGUGAUAAAGAUAUAAUAAAUAAUAAUGAAACAUAUCCUAUAUUAAUUAGAGUAUCAAUGAAUAGUGAAAAUAAUAAGGACUCAAAGAAUAAAAAAUUUAAAAUUUCAACAAUUAUUGAAAAUGAUCAAAUAAAUCAAUUUUGGUUAUCAUAUAUUCAAAUUUUAAAAAAUGGAUUUAUUGGAUUAAAGAAGAAAGAAAAGAAAAAAAGUAAGAAGAAUAAAGUAUCAAAGUGA